AACAGUAACUUGGUCUUACAAGUGGACUUCAACUUCACGGAUCGUCGAGGUAGAGAUGAGCCGACGGGUGAGGUGAUGCCCUUGACCAAGUCCAUACUGCAAGGCAUUAAGAUGGGGGAUAAAUAUCAGCGUGGCAAGGCACCGAAAGAGGAUAUUAAGAAGCCGAAGAAGAAGAAGAAGAACGAGUUCGAAUCGUACCACCCGAGUUCGAUGUCACAAGGCGGGUCGUUGCUGAGUGCAGAAUCGAAUAACGAACUGAUGGGAUUGUAUAAACCGAGGACACAGGAGACGAAACAGACCUACGAGGCGAUUCUGGCGUAUAUUCAGGACGCGUUGGGAGAUCAGCCACGCGAUAUCCUGUGCGGAGCAGCAGACGAGGUGUUGAUGACCCUUAAAUCGGAUAAGGUGCGAGAGAAGGAUAGAAAGAAGGAGGUGGAGAUGCUGCUGGGGGGAUUGACUGACGAGAGGAUUGCCGUGUUGAUGAACCUGGCGAAGAAGAUUACUGACUUCUCGUUGGAGGAGGACAGGAAUAAAUAUGAUAAUCAAGAUGAGAUCGACGAGACGAUUGGAGUGAAUGUACAAUUUGACGAUUCGGAUGACGAGGCAGACGGGGGCGGGGCGGAGGGCGGGGCCGAG